AUGUCGGCAGCCGAAGUCCCCAGGUCGGCAAAGGCCAAGAAGAGAAAGCAGAGAGAUGACGGUGGCUCACGCAAGCGACGCAAGGGAGACGCCUUCGUGGACGACAGCCUCCUCGAUACCGAGGCCGGCGUGAACAGAGCGUUUGAGACGAUGGACAGCCAGCUUCUAUCGGACCAUUUCUCACAACAGACGACAAGAUUUGGGAAAGACCUGAGUCCCAUCGAACUGUCUGACCUCUAUAUAUCGAAGAACUCGAUCAAGGAUACCUCGUCCUUCUCCAAAACCAGGAAUCUUGAGAAUCUGCCUACUUUUCUCGAGGAAUUCUCAGAAAAGCCUGCAGACCUCGCAAAGGCUCCUGUGCCGAAAGGUGCACCGCACACUAUCAUUGUAGCGGGUGCCGGUUUGCGAGCCGCAGACAUCGUAAGAGCUGUGAGGACGUACCAGAAGAAGGGUAACGUGGUCUCGAAGCUGUUUGCAAAGCACAUCAAGCUUGAAGAGGCAGUCACAUUCCUGAAAUCGAACCGUACUGGUAUAGCAGUAGGCACGCCAGCUAGAUUGAUGGACCUGUUGAACAACGGCGCUCUCUCCGUGGAGCAUCUGGAGCGCCUCGUGGUGGAUGCCUCGCAUAUUGAUAUGAAGAAACGGGGUGUUAUGGAUAUGAAGGACACAAUGAUGCCCCUGGCUAAAUGGCUGUCCAGACAAGAGUUCAAGGAUCGGUAUGCCGCGGAGGAAAAGCCCCUUGAGCUCCUUUUCUUUUGA